AUGUCUUACAACAAGCCAACAAGUCCACCCCCCUCCUACCCCCAACCAGCCUACCACAACGCAGGCUACCAAUCCCCACCUCCCCAAGGCGGGGGCGCCGCAUCGGACUACUACGGCGGGCAGCAACAGCAAGGCUACUAUGGCCAGCAACAAGGUUAUCCUCAGCAACAGGGCUAUCCUCAACAACCACAGGGAUACUACAACCAGCCGCAGGGCCAGAUGUAUUACCCACCACAGCAACAGGGCUAUUACCAGCAACAGGAUCGGUUCGGCGGCAAUAGCGGCGGGGGAUCUGGUGCAGGCGGUAUCUGUGCUGGUAUCAUGGCUGCGAUGGCUUGUUGCUGCUGCUUGGAUAUUCUCUUCUAG